GAGGAGUUGACGGUUGUACAGCAUAAAUUCUGGUGCCAGUAAAGAGCCACGAUGGUGGAUGCUUUAAGAAAACAGAGAGAACUCAGUUCUGCAAAUAUCAAAUUGUGAGACAACUAAAGUGCUGAGCCUAAAGGAAUCCCGCUACUAUUUCUAACAACACGAAGUACUGUACGGCCAAAGCACAUCAGCGGCAGAAACCGCUCCGGCUGAGGAGGACGGUGGUGCGCCCCCUGCUGGCUGAGUGGUGGAGACGCCCUUCGCCCUCGGGAUUCUUUUCCAAAGGUCUGCUGCGGCCGGGUAUUUAUUUUCCUGUGCAACCCUGCCCCUGGCCUUGCCAGACGGCGUCUGCCUCUGUGAAGCUUGCAGCGAUUUCCUUUCCAGCCUACUCUUAUCUCGCUCUGCACGUUGCCUCUCGGUGACUAAUUACACAAUAACAUUGUCUCGGGAUAAAAUAAAGCAGAAGCUGUGUUUACUCCGCGCUAGGGGUGCAUAUAAAAGGAGCCGCGGAGAGCCAACUAAGGCAGAAGCUCUCAGGGAGCAUCGUUGGAACAAGGAGCGCCGCCGCCGGCCCAUCCAGCCCUCCCUACUCUGUCCUCAGCUUGCCUCACUGCCGUCUAGCGGAUUGCGGAGUUCUUGCGUCCUCGGCUCCUCCGUGAACGAUCGCUUGCUUGCUCGCUCAGCGCCUACCUAACACUUGCCAGGGGAGCGAAGAGGUUUAAAGGGCUAAUUCCAUUCCGUUGCCGGAGGAGUCGUCGGGAUGGAUUAUACACGACUGAUCCUUCCCUUGCUCUUUGCGAUCAGCCAGGGCGCUUUGUCCGCAGACGCUGAGCUCAGCGCCUUUGAGAGUGCCGAAAAGCAGCCUUUGAGCGCCCCCUGGCCGCUGCGCAGGUCCAAGCGCUGCUCUUGUUCUUCUCUGAUGGAUAAGGAGUGCGUCUAUUUCUGCCACCUGGACAUCAUCUGGAUCAACACUCCAGAGCGAACUGUGCCGUAUGGGCUUGGGGGUCCUUCUCGAACCAGGCGGUCACUGGGAGAUUUAGCUCUUGGAAGACUUCAGGAGUCUCAGAACAGAUGUCAAUGUGCUAACCUAAAAGACAAGAAGUGUAUGAACUUCUGCCAGACUGGAAAAGAACACUGGGCUCAGUCCACCACAGAGAAGGGAUGGAGAAAUCUUCAUAAAGACAGUGAUUGCAAAGGGCUUGGACUGAAAUGUGCAUUCAGGCAACUAGCUAACAGCAGGAAAAUGAGAAGGUUAGAUGUCAUUGGUAACAGUAUCAAAGUGUCUUUUAAUAUUGCCAAACUGAAGAGCAGGAUGCACAAACCAAAGCAGCUGAACCAUAACCGAACAUAUCAAAAGCAAAACAUUUGGGAAAGCCUGAAGACGACAUCUUAGUGGAAAGAUCACCAACUCUAAUCCUCAAGUCAUCACGAGUUACUGACAAAGCAUUGCUGAAGCUCUGUUUUGACUUCUUAACAUUCCACUCCAGAAAAAGAUCAAGGAGUGUUGUUCUAAAUAUUAACUCUCUCUGAAAGUAAAGGAGGGCCCAAAUAACUCUUCCAUUUGGACAGAUGACAAAGCAGUUAAAUACUGCCAUCCUUUUGGAAUUCAGUUGAAUGGGCUGGGUCAAAGAACAUCCUUUCAGCUCAUGUUUUGGUGGGCUGUCAUAUGAAGAAAGGACAAAUCUGAAGAGGGUAAAAUUGAAGCAAUAAUCUUGUUUGGUUUGGCAGGCUUCUGAUAGAGUGAUCUUAACAUAUAACACAAGCUGUUCUGUGAUCAAGAAGAUCAGAAAUGAAGGGGUCAAGAUUUGAAAGAGAAGAGUAAUAUAGUUUUGCCUUAAAUUAAAUGGAAAAUGACUGAGCUACUUUGGUCAGGAGGACACCCCCCCUACAUAACAGGUCUACCUCAUAUGCUCUUACAUUGCACUCUUGCCAAAGUAUUGUUACAACUUUUUUGAGACCUUCAUGCAUCUCCUGCAACCUCUUAUAUUUAAUCAUCCAUAAAUGCCAGUAGUUCACCACUUAGUUCCUUUUGAAUUUUCAGGGCUGUGGAUCAGAAUGGUCUAUACUCUGUGAUGAUAUGGAAAAGAAACUAAUAGCCCCCAUUCUAAACCCAGUACAAAUACUUGGGAAGUAGAUCUCAUAUCCAUUAUAUUUUCACAGUGCAAUCCUGUGUCUACUUGGAAGUAACUCCUACCCUACUGAGUUCAAUGGGACUUGCUCACAGGAAAAUGUGUAUUGGAUUGUAGCCUCAGAUAAGUAUGCUUAGGGUGGAUGUCUAUAGGGUUUUGCAGAAAUGAAGUUUAGCCUAACCAGUGCUUUUUUGGUAUAUAUAUAUAUAAAAAAGGUACCCGGUACUCAUAAAAGUGCCAUGAGUGCCAGCACAAAAUGGCUGCCCUGAGCAACAAUAACAAAAAAAAGGUGACAGGACUCUGUAUCAGUGAGAACAGUCACAAAAAGCACGAUAAACUGCAUUAACAGUUAAUGUUAAGAGGUGAUCUAGUAGCAUUUAGUGUAAUGUGGAGACUUCAAUAACCAAUGCUUUGAUAAGUGGUUAUGCUGCAUUGUCCUGAUAAUUUGAAACAAAAGCCUGUAAGGCAACAGGUGGUUCAAAAACAAGAUUUAAAAGCAGUGAAUGCUCACAGCAGUGAAUUUAUCCAUAUGACAAUUUGCUGAUUAAGGUCUGGAUUGUAAUUUUGUAUGAUGUGCUUAUUUUUAUCUAUAUAUUAUAUUUAUAUUCAUGAAACUGACAUUAUAUUUACCAUGUUGAAUAUUCAUUGAAACAGGCCAUAUUGGUCUAUGCAUGUCUUAUGUAUUUCUGUAUGAAAUUUGGGAAAUGCCUUAUGUCUGUUAAGGUAAACAUAUUAGAAAUAAAUAUUUUUA